AUGCUCCGUCGCCUUCUGCUUCUGUCGGCGUGCUUCGCCUCGUUCGCCGUCGCCCAGUACCCCAUCACGUUCGGCAUGAUGUCGAAAAUCCUUCCGAACGCCGACAUGGCCAAGACGAGAACAGUUCGUUUUUGUUCAAAAUAUCGUAAUUAUAACUGCCAUUAUCGAAAAAAAGAGACCAGAAAAACCUGAGAGAAAGCGUCAAUCAAAUAAGAGAUCAUCCAAAAAAACUGAGUAGGAUGAAUUUAUUUGAAAAAAGCUUCGGGAAGAGGGCGAUCAGAAAAUAGGAAAAACAUCCAAGGUUUUGGGGAAUAGCAGAAAUGGGAAAAAUACUCUGUCGCGAGAAAAAAUAUUCACCAAGAUUUUCAGAACAUUUCAGAAGAUUUUUUUCAAAAAAAUUGAUAAAAAAAAUCUUGGCUUUUUAAGGGAUUCUCUUAAUUUUGGUUCUAAACAGCUGUGAUAAACGUGAAAUGUACAAGUUUUUCGUUUUCGAUAUCAAUCAAGGUUCUCAGAAAAAUUAUCUUCCUACUAACUGUUAUUGUAUCUAACUUAUUUCAUGAUUAAGUUUCUGACGAGCCUCAACGCGGACAAGACAUUGGACGACAAAAAGAGACGUGUUAACUCCUGGAUCCCUGCCAACUUUGUAAACGAGAAGAGAAAGAAAAAGCUGAGGUUGAGGAUUCAGGGAUCGGCACUGAUACCGAACCUACAGCCGUACGCGAAGAGCGACAAGGCGGUGAAGGCCGCCCUGGCCCUCCUCGACCACAGAAACACGGUAGCCUCCUUCUGGACCGACCUCAUGCCAUUGCUGCAGAAGACAUUCGAUGCGACCACUGCCACUCAGGUUUUUAAACUUUUCAGCGGUUUUAUUCUGAUUUUUCAUCGCACUUAUAUUUCUAAUAUUCGGUUGGGAAUAAAAUCAAGCGUUACACAACCCAUAAAAAAUUUUUGUGGUUGGCGAGACCUGCUUCACCAUUCUUACCAAGAAAGUAGUCGGGAGACUAGAAACUAUGCAAUAAGCUUUUCAGUACAAGCAAAUGUGGCUUCGAGUUGACAAAACCUUCGAUAAUGAGUUCUUCGAUGUUCUCAACGAGUGGUACGCGUACUGUCACUAUCGGGUGUGUUGUCGAAACUUCCAAAACAAGUUCAAAUUCGGAUUCAGAGCGCUAACAACAAGAGAACUGCGCUUUACAACAACAUCCAGACCGUCAGCAACAAGUAUGCCAACAACAGCAAACUCAACUGGAAGGUGACCGAUCGCAGGACAAAAAAGUUACAAAAUCGAAGUUUCUAGGUGCAAGGAGACGACUACUGGACGCCAAUUUACAUGUCUAUGUUGUUCGGAUCUUGGUAG